CGCACUCCUUUCCCUCUUUAUUGUACCUCCAACCUCACCUUCACGCUGCAGUUAGACCAAUCCUAUAUAGCACCAUCAGCCUCACCUGGCCUUGUCCCAGUUGGGCUUUGUUGCCUGGAGCAUGAGGAUGCCUUGACCGUCUCUCGCGACUACCACUCUAUCGUCCCUUGACGGGCACGACGGCGACUCGCUCCUUGCCCCAGCUCUCAUCUACUUAAGCAGCACGCGUCUCGACGACAAAUCUACCACUUUCUCUUCAGCCGGUCCACUAUGAUGCAAGCUGUUCACGAAGAAGCUACCAUGUCCGACCGGAGUUUACUUCAUAGACGGCACCACGAAUAUGUCUAUCGACUCCCCACCCCUCCUCGAAUUGUCAUUCCUCCUCCCACCCUCGCCAAUGAGCUCCCUGAGGUCGAGAUCGAUCGUCCCUCCCAGCGAAGUGCUGGCGACGUCGAUGUUAGCUUCCUCAACAGCGUCGACUUCAGCAGCGUCGUGUCGCGGAAUUCACUGAUAGACUGGUCUUAUGAACGCCGUCGGCAAGCACAGAUGGUGCUGCCGUUCAUCUUCCUUGGACCAAUGGUUGCCGCGAAGGAUAUGACGUUUCUGCAAAACGAGGGAAUCACAAUGAUAUUGGCAAUCCGGCCGAGAGCUACGGGUAUGGUUGGCGCUUUCAAAGCUGCCGAAGAAGCUGGGAUUCAUACUGCAACGCUGGAGGUUCCCGAUUACCAUACUCUCAUAUCUACUUUCCCGCGCGCUACGCGACUCAUCAACGAACAUCUCUCCUCCAUAUUCACUUCAGAUCAGAGUAACCCAAGACUAGGCAAAGUCUUUGUCUUCUGCGAAUCUGGAAAUGAAAAAUCCGCGGCCAUCGUUGCGGCGUACCUGAUGGAGAUGCUAGGCAAUAUCGAUUACAUUAAAGCCAUCCAGAUAUGCCAAGCGCAACGCUUUUGCGUAAACUUCGAUGAUACCCUCAAGAACCUUUUGCAGUCGUACUGGGAUAUUCUGCUCGCCCAAAGGUCGGUUGCUAAGGCCAGCUACGGUCUUUUAGAGCCGGAAGUUUUCCGAGGACAGGUUGCUGAGAGCAUUGCGGGAGACAGAAGCGGCAGCAUCCGACACAAAAGGAGCCUUGACGAUUCUUACGAUGAUGACAUGGAGAUGGAAGAUGCGGAAUGGUCUUCUGACGAUGCGAGGUUUCGUGCAAGGGAAGCUGCACCCUUUCAAGACGUGCGAUAGCGGCCCUAUCGUGAUCUCUAGAAGUUUGGAAGGCUGCUGAGCAUGAAAAACAUGAUACCCUUGCAUUUUAUGAUUGGCGCUAGAAGCGUGGCGUUGGGGCGUUUUGAUGUUAUAAUGGAUGGCAUCUGGGAAGACUUUGAUCUAGGCGGGCUACAUGGGCAGAAUCACUGCAGUAGGUAGCAACAUCUCUUGCUGUCGUUACGCUUCACGCGCCGGAGGCGCUUUGGUGCUUCAUCAACUGGCGAAUGCUUCACUGGAUGGGGGCUGUUUUCUAGCUAGAAGACAGGUGCUCGCGGAGGCACCCUAGGACGACAAGAUGCCUAUCAACGGGCCAUUUCUCAUUAAA